GAUUAAAGAAAGGGAACCAGUAUUUUGAUUUUUAAAAACCAAUAUUAGAAACUCAAUAUUAAAUGUGAAAUCUUAACAAUAGUACCACCUCUGUAUUGGAUGAGUCAAUUUUAGCCGAUUAGACCAAUCAAAUCCAUCUACGACCGCCAACCUAAACUAAUAGACAACGACUUAAACACCCCCCUGCACUUUAUGGCGGCAAAAAACGACGUCGGCGGCGUUGCCACUUACCUCCACAAAGAAUCAAACAUCGUCGACCCCGCCAACUUUUGCGGCUGGACGCCCCUGAUGAUGGCCGCCCGAAACGGACAUUUCGAAACGGUGAAACUUUUGUUGCAACGAGGCGCCAAUUGCACUUUGACUAACAGAUUCGGUUUGAAUGUUUUUCAAAUUUCCAUUGCCAGCGGGAAUUUGGACAUGAUCAAGUAUCUUUUGGAGCAUUUUUUGACAGGUGGCAUUUCAAGAAGAAUAAUCGAGCGACGUCUUUCUGUGAUUUCGUUGGCGGUACUUUACAAGCGGCCGGAAAUUUUAGAGUUUUUGAUUCAAAAUGACUUUAAUAUUAAUUGGCCCACCUUAGAUACAGGUGUCACUGCAUUGAUGUUCGCCCACGCAACAGAAAACGCUGAAGCAAUAGCAACAUUGACCAAACAUAAAGCGGACGCAACCGCUAUAAGUCGCAACAAACAAACCGCUCAAGAUAUAACUGUCAUACGUCAACAGCUAAAACUACUCAUUGCUCAGAAAAAAGCAAUGUGUCGUGAAGAAUUACAAAACCAACAUUUGCGCAAAUUAUUGCAAGUGAAAGCGCCUACAAAUUCUCCAAAACAUCAGUUGGUAAUCGUCAGUCCGUUGCCGUACCUCAAGUACCUUACGGUACCUCAACAGCACUUAGUAAGAAAAUCGUCCGAUGUUUCGCCCAUAAGCGUCGCGACGCCCAACAUGACGCCCAUCAUGCCCAACAUGUUCCAACCGCAAUUUUUUUUCCCGCCCGAUUUUUCGCCCAAUCAUCGUUCACCUAUUCCGAUGACGUCACUGGCCUACAACUCUUUGAUGGCCAAAUCUUACAGGGCCGAAGAUUUUCUUAAUGCGAGAAUUAAUAAUUCUAGUGCUGGGAUGUUUUUGUCGUCACCUGUGACUAAUUUCUUGCAUCCUUGUAUGUAAACAUUUUUAUUUGUGAAAACUCAUGUUUUUAUUUAAAUUGGCAUUUCCGGUUGGGAGAAAAUCUAUUUCUAUCUGUUUCUUUUACAGGCUGAAAGAAAGAGAUAGACAUACUCUUAGCCCACAUUGAAUCAAUCGGAAACGAUUUAUGUAUGUGACGUUGAUUAUUUUUAAAAUGACAAGUGACAGUUUCAAGUUAUUGCAAAUCUAUUGAGUUUUUCACUUAUGGCCGUUUGCACCGAACAUUUUAAGGGAAGUUUAACGAUAACCAACGUUUAAAAUGAGAUUUUUGCAGGUAAAAAUGUCACUUUAAACGUCGAUUAUCGUUAAACCUCUUUUAAAAUGGUCGGUGCAAUUUGCCAUUAUUAACUGUUCAUUUUUAAUCAUUUAAUUAAGAUGUUUUAUUAUUUUGUAGUUCUUUUUUUAAAUACAUUAUAGCCAAUUUAUAGUGAUCGACUAGUUGGUCAUUUUGACAGAUAACGUCAAUUAAGACAAAUAACGUUUAAUUAAUGGUUUAUCUGUCAAAAUGAUCGUGACAUGUCAAUCACUUGAAAUUCAGGCAUAAUAUUUUGUGACUGGUUUUAUGAAUGCUAUUUUUAAGUUUAUUAAACGCAUUAUUUUGACUUUUAUUAAAUAAAACUCUCAUUUUGGAUUAAAAUUUUAUUCACUAAAAUCAUCAUCAUCAUCCUCCUCAUCAUCAUCCUCCUCCUCCUCAUUAACUUUCAGCUCAUUCAGUUUCUUCAAAAUAUCAUCUUUUUGGUCAGUUUUUUCUUCUUCCUUACUCUUAUUCAUGUAGCGAAGGAAAGUACGUCGUUUCCUUUCAGGUAAAGAUUUGAGCAUUUCCUUCAUUUCCUCGUCCAAUUGAAAUUGUUCCUUUUCACUGGGCGGAGCUUCAAUUACCUCUUUCGAUUUGUCACACUUGGAGCAAACAC